AUGAAGAUCAGUACAACACUAGCCGUUCUGGCGUUGGUUUGGGGCGUUCGUGGUGAUGGAUCGACCAUCACCGUGUCUACGACGCAGUUCAAUCCGGCCAUCACGAAUCAAGGCGGCACCACGAAUGCUGCGGGCACGUUCAAUGUCAGUCCGCUGGCGACUUCGACGAGCUACGAGUUUCAAACGCUGCAGCAGACUUCGACGUUCGUUCCGGGUGCGAUCAACACCCAGACUGCCCAAGGUGGUGGUGGAAACAGCGGCGGAGGAGACAGCGGAAGUGGAAGUGCAAGUGGUAGCAGUGGGAACAUCGGUGGCGGUACAGUGGUGGUCACCGCAACCGCACCCACAAGCACAGUCAACAUGGGUACGAGUGCAGGCUCGAGUGGAUCGAGCGUCGCAACGGCUAGCAAUGGUCUGCCGAGCUUGGCGUUGGGAAGCACCAAUGCAGCAGCGCAACCACAAACGCUCGCCGUCUGGCCAGCAGUGCUCGCCGUGCUCGCCGCUACUGCAGGCGCCCUGGCUCUGGCGUAA